AUGGACACAUCCGAAGCUAUGAAUAUCAAUCAAUCUCGAUCAAUAAACACUUUAAAUGAACGAAAUGUACCAGAAAAUUAUCCAUAUUCAUCAUAUGAACAUGUUUCUUCUGAACAAAAAUAUAUUCCUUCAUCAACCUAUUGUGCAACAUCAUAUCAAUAUCCGCCAACAACUAAUUAUAUAAAUCGUCAUUCAUUAAAUCAUGUCACAUCGGAUGAUUCUGGAAAUGAAUCAUCGAUAAAUUUUAAUAAAAAAAUAAAUUCACAUUUUGUUGUUGUAGCCAUUGAUUUUGGUACAACCUUUAGUGGUUAUGCAUUUGCAUUUACACGAGAUAUUGAUUCGAUUUUAAUGAUGCGGAAAGUUGAUGGCAAUGAUCCCGGUGUAAUUAAUCAAAAAACGCCAACGACAAUACUUUUAACACCAAAUUUAGAAUUUCAUUCAUUUGGUUUUUGUGCAAGAGAUUUUUUUCAUGAUCUUGAUCUUGAAGAAGCAAAACGAUGGUUAUUUUUUGAAAAAUUUAAAAUGCAUCUUCAUCAUACACAAGAUCUCAAUACUCAAACAUUAAUUGCUGCAAGCAAUGGACGUAAAGUGCCUGCAUUAACAAUAUUUACUUAUGCUUUACAAUAUUUUAAAGAACAUGCUUUACGUGAACUUAGUGAUCAAUCAGGUACAAGAUUUGUUAAUGAAGAUGUCCGAUGGGUUAUUACCGUACCUGCUAUAUGGAAACAAUCGGCUAAACAAUUUAUGCGAGAAGCAGCUUAUCAAGCUGGUAUUGCUUCAAGAGAAUUUCCUGAUCAAUUACUUAUUGCUUUGGAACCAGAAGCAGCAUCAAUAUAUAUUCGUAAACUACGAAUGCAUCAAUUUGUUCCUGAUGAAACUUCAACAUAUUCUCGUAACUCAGUCCGACGUGAACAUGGUCCACUAUCAUCUUCAUUUUCCAAUCAAUCAUCACCCAUACUUUUUGAUUCUGAUAAAUUAUCAAUCGAUCAAAAUGAAUAUAAUACAAGUAAACAAGCAUUUGAAGUAAUUCUUGAUCGUGGUACACGUUAUAUUGUUGUUGAUUGUGGUGGUGGUACAGUAGAUAUGACUGUCCAUGAAUUAGAUAAUAAAAUGGGAACUUUAAAAGAAUUAUAUAAAGCAACUGGUGGACCUUAUGGUUCAGUUGAAAAUCGUUUUGUAGGUGUUGAUCAAGAAUUUGAAAAACUAAUGACUAUAAUAUUUGGUAAAGAAUUAAUGGAAGAUUUUAAAAUGAAACGACCAGCUGGUUACGUUGAUUUAAUGAUUGCAUUUGAAGCGCGAAAACGUACAGCUAGUCCAUUUAAAAAUAAUCCUUUAAAUAUUUCAUUACCAUUUUCUUUUAUUGAUUAUUAUAAGAAAAAAAAGGGUUCAACAGUUGAAUCUGCUAUUCGUCGUUAUAAUGAUCCGGAUAUAAAAUGGUCAUCACAAGGCAUGAUGAGAUUAACACCAGAAGCUAUGAAACGUCUUUUUCAUCCGACAAUAGAAAAAAUUAAAGCUACUAUUGGUGAUGUAUUAAAUAGUCCUGAGGUUAAAGGAAUUCAUUAUCUUUUUCUUGUUGGUGGUUUUGCUGAAUCACCAAUACUUCAACAUGAAAUUCGUCGAGCCUUUUCAUCAAUUCUCAAAGUGGUCAUUCCUCAAGAUGUUUCACUAUCGAUAUUAAAAGGUGCUGUUCUAUUUGGACUUGAUCCAACUAUUGUUAAUGUUCGUCGUUCACGUUUAACUUAUGGAGUGUCGGUAUUGAAUCGUUUUGUUCCUGAUUAUCAUGUAAUUGAAAAGAAAAUUACUAAAGAUAAUAUUGAAUGGUGUGCAGAUAUAUUUGAUAAAUUUGUUCUUGUUGAUCAAUCGAUUGGUCUUGGUGAUACAGUUAUAAGAAAAUAUACACCGGCAAGACAUAAUCAACCACAAUGUAUCAUUUCAUUUUAUUGUUCAGAAUCAGAUAAACCAAUGUAUGUUACAGAUCCAGGUGUAAGAAAAAUUGGUACUCUGGUUCUUGAUAUGCUCAAUGAUGGAUAUAUGCAAACAAAUCAUCAUAAUCCUUCAAUAAAUUCAAAAGAUCGUCGACGUGAAAUUCAAACACGUAUGGUUUUUGGUGAUACUGAAAUAAAAGUUAGCGCACUUGAUAUUACUACUGGCAAAUGUGUUCGAGCUACAAUUGAUUUUCUCAAUAAAUAA